AGUCUAUUACCGCGAGAUGCCCAUUUCAAGGUAAAAGAUACAAAAAACGACGUAUAAAAUGCUUCCAAAAUUGAGAAGCACGGCGAAUUCGCUCAACAUUCGAGCAGGAUUGUUAGGAAGGUCGAAAUUUACCUGGAAAUACCGAGUUCGCAAUUAUACAUACAAAGUUGAACGAACAAAUUCCAACUGCUCCCGCGGAAUCCAUCGAUUUUCUACUUUUUCUCCCUUAAACAACAAAAUAAAUAACCCACAACAUCAAAGAAAUUCUGGUAACCUUCGCAGCAAUGGAAAAAAAGGAUCGCAAUCAAUAGAAUCGAAAGACAGCGAUAAUAUGAAUAAGAAGUCUUCUCUCCGUGGCCAGGAAUCGUCCAAUGGUAGCAUUGUCCUAGACGAGCUAAUUAACCAGGAUAACCAGCAAGUUAAAGAAAAACCAUCUCAAGCGAUUCACAAAACCUUGGAUUGGUCUCCCAAAGCGGAAGGGAAAAUGUAUGAGAUUCCUAAUUCACUUUUAGGAAAGUUGGAAACGCUUGGUGCUCUGGAAAAGCAAAAGAAAAGCUUUUCAUUUUUUUCCAACCCCGUCCUGUUACACCGAAAAGUAACCACUAAGCUUUAUAAUAUUUUACAACGUUCCAAAAAUGUCAGUUCAGCAAGCGGCCGGUACGUACUGGAUGGUUCAGCUGGUUCUGGAAGAAGCAUUUCCCUUCUUCAGGCUGAGAUAUUUGCUUUCUCUCAUCCAAACUACGUUGUGCUGGGAUUGCAUAAUUGCGAACGCUGGGUCGAUUCCUCUAGUCCUUACAGUUAUGACGCGUCUUUGCAAUCUUGGGUACAACCAGAGCUAAUAAAAGAAUUUCUGACAUCUGUCAUGAAUGUUAAUUCCAAAGCAUUGGGAACCUUGACCACAUCAAAAAGCUACGAACUCGUUCCUGGGAAGUCUAUUCCAGCUGGCACGGAUUUGCAUACUCUUCUACGCAAGAUAACUAGCAAGUCGGAGCUUUCAGUGAGAUUUUGUCAAUCGUUUCUACAAGAACUUGAUGCUGCUACCAAACAACCUAAUUCAUCGGUAAACGUUCUUUUCGUCAUAGAUAAUCUGUCUGUUUUAUCCGUUCCUACCAAAUACAAAAAUACAGAAAACCAUAAUCUCUUGCCGUGUGAUUUCUAUUUUAUAAAUAUCCUCUACCAAUAUUUAUCUGGAAGCUUAUCCUUCCACCGUGGAACGAUAUUUGCAGCAACUUCUAGCCAGCCCCGUAUCCAAACCCCAUCGCUAGACGUUGCUCUUGGCAAGGCCAAACUUGACCCUUAUAUCCCAAUCAACAAGGCGAUCUACGAUUCUACCAAAUCCUUGCAGGUCAUUCCCAUGGAACCUUAUUCGGUUGAUGAAUCCCUUUCUGUCAUGGAGCAUCUCGUUACCUCCAACGUCUGCCUUGAGUCUGUUGAAUCCCAUCGCCAGAAUCAUGUUUUAAGUGGAGGCAAUCCUCGACUUUUUUUUGAUACUUGCACUCGUCUAACAUAAUCUAUGUUUUCUUAUUGAAAGUGGAUAAUAUUACUAAUUUUUAUUGUCAGAAGUUUUUCUACAUAAAUUGUUCCUCCCCUGUAUUUCGUUUUCUAUUUCUCAUGUCUUUGCUUAACAUGGGUAAGUUCCUGCAGCCGCCCUUUUUCCCCUUUAUUCACUCUCCAACACUCUUUCAAAAUUUUGUGGUCAUUCCGCCUAUUAUUUUCGGUACAAAUAAUACAUAUUAUAUUUUAAUGAAACAGAAGUUAAAGAAUGACUUCUCAGUUGAUUAUGAAAUUCUGAGUUGUAAAAGGUCUUCAAAAUAAAAUAUCAUAAAAUACUUCAAUCCAUCUGCACGGUGAAUUUAACGUUUCUUAUUGGUAUGACAUUUGCUACUACCAUA